AUGGUGGACAUCUCCUACCGCUGCCAAAUCACAUACCAAGAGGAGAAGCCAGUGAGCAUUGCUGCAGACUUGGUUGAGGAGCACCAAGGCCAAAAGUUCCUCAAGAUCAGUGCCACCAACUAUGCCAUUUGCCAACUGGUUUGCGGUGGCAAGCUGCCCACAAAGAACCCCAGCUUGGCCAGGAGCAAGGAAUUGCAAGCAUUGGUCCAAGCCAGGAAUGACAAGAUCCAAGAAUAUUUUGCAGCACCAGAAGAGACCCAAGACUUGCUAUUUGUCUUUGAGUUCCAGCCACACUGUGACCUUCACCAUUGUGUUGGACCAGCUGGAAGCCAGCCUGAUGCCCCCAAGAAUGACCCAGUCUGGAAAUGCAUUACAGAGGGAUGGAGCUGGGUGGUGGUCUCCAAUGAAAUGGAAGACCACAUCCCCACUUUUCCCAGUUGGGUGCAAAUGGCCAUGAAUUCUUCCAACUCAAUUGGAAGACCACAGACUGAGCUGGAGUUGGCCACUACAAUGGCAACAUUCUUCCAGAAUGGUAUGGACCUCAAGGAAGCCAUCACCCAGGCCAAGCAAGGAGACAUCAAAUGUCAACAGAGCCUCCCAGCUGUUGCCCACUAUGUCCAAAGAUUUGCUGGAGGCCCCAACUUUCCAUUGAUCCAUUUCUUGGGCAAAUUUGGCAAGCUGUUUGGUGGCGCCUUGCUAUUGGAAGGUGAUUUCUUCCAUGCUUUGGCCCACACUGAUUUCAAGGUCAGUGGCCAAGUCUUUCCCAUGGUGAGAAUGGGUCUGUGGGCCACCAUGCUGACCAACCCACAAAAAUCUCAAGAUGGGUUCGCCAAAGUGUUCACCAAGGCAGACAUUGAAAAACUCAGAAGCCACCUGUCCAUUGAGAAAACCAAGCAGGCUGAGACCAUGUUGGCCAAAGCUUGGGAAACAUACCAGGAGUUGGUGACCAAGAAUAGCCAAAUGGAGCUCCACUACACCAAGUGCUUUGGUAAGUUCACAGUGAGGCUCUUGUUGUAUGUCAAUUACAAGGAAUAUGGCACCCAGGUUUGGGAGCUCAAGAGCAUUAAUGACCAGCAUGCCAUCUUUGAGCACAAUGCACUUUUUGAGCAUCCACAAUCCUUGGAAGUGGACCAUGAGGAGUUGAAGAAAUGGAAAGCCGCCAAGACUCCAAUGCCAAAGCUGUGUCCACCUCAUUAUUGCAAGGCUGCUGUCUCCAUGGCACACCCAAGCGUGCAGCAAGACUUCCAGAAGAACCAGGUGGCUUUGGCAUUGCACCAAGCUGCCCAGUCCAAUGCCUUGUCUGAGAAGCAGAUUGCUUUUUCCUUGCGCCCAGCAGGAUUAUGGACACUAGCCAAAGUGACCAAGAAGGGUGCUCUGAAGUUAGUACCACUGGGGCACAUCACCAUGGUCAUUGAUGAGAGGCCAAACAUGCUCACCAUUGAGGCAUUCUCCAAGAAGUGGCUGAUCUCACCAUGGAAGAUGGAUUCCAUGUUUGAGAAGCCUGAGCAUCCAUUGCUGCCAUUUUGGUGGGCCAAGACAUCAAAUGACAUGGAUGUGUGCAAUUUGGAAUGGCACCAAGUGGUAGUGAAUCAGUGCAAGAUUCCAAUCCUGACCAACACAGGGCCAGUGGAAGCCAAUACUCAAUUGAUUUUCCCAAAGGAUGCAGAGGAAGAGCAGGAGGAUGAGGCUCCCACUGCAGCCAAGAAGAAAAAGAGGAAGACCACAUGA